UCAAAGGCUAAGAUUACCAGAGAUGCCAGAGGGGCAGGGCUGCAGACAGGAGGACAGUGACAGAGGCUGAGCUCACACAUGACAGUGGGGUAGCAAGCAGGCAGGGAUUGGUGCAUACAAAUAGCCAGCCAAUCACAGCGGAGGCAGGGAAAAUAACAAGGCAAAGUGAGAGCUAGUGAGAGACGGAAGAGCUAUGAAAAAGCGAGGGAGCAGGUGAAAUCAGAGCAGCACAGAGGAGAGACCAAACAAUAAGGAAAGGAAUGAUGACUGGAAGAAAUAACACUGAUCAGUGAGGUUUCUGGAAAGUGAAAGGAGAGAGGAGAGGCAGGAGAUGAACAGGAAGAAGGGGGUGAGCAGCCAGCACAGAGAACAUCCGUCAGCUCAGGUAGCUAUGCUCUGAGCCCUGGAGCAGCAGGGCUACGCAGACAGUGCAUAGGCCCAACAUCAGGCCUAGCUCAGCCUUCUGUCUCAGCCACAAACUCCGGGGCAGGGACAAAAGAAGAUUCCCCACGCAUGAGCUGUGCAUAAAAGCCAUGAGAACAGCCAGGAAGGGAAGUGUGGAGAUGCCUGCAUUUGUACGGCAGCUGGUGAAGGAAACGGAGAAGAGGGUCAGCUCUUUCUUCAAGGGGAGCCGUGGAGGAGCAGCAGAAGGAGAGCAGCUAGGGAAAGGGGAAAAAGAAGAGGUAAUAACCAGCCCCUACCUAGAUCGUCCGGUCUUGGACAAGUUGACAGAGGAGGGCUGUGCCUGCUGGGGCAUCACCUAUGCCCUGGGAAGUAUGCAAGGCUGGAGGGCCAACAUGGAGGACUUCCAUAACUGUGUGCCACAGCUGGGUGGACAGCUGACUGACUGGAGCUUCUUCGCUGUGUUUGAUGGUCAUGCAGGUAGCACAGUGGCACAGCACUGCUCCCAGCACCUUCUGGGUCACAUCCUAGGCACAGGUAUAAUGGGAGCAGAGGACAACCCUGAAAAGGUGAAAGGAGCCAUCAUAGAGGGUUUCCUGCAAACAGACAAGCACUUGCACUCUGUGGCACGUCGCGAAGGCUGGGAGAGGGGUGGCACCACUGUGGUGGCCACUCUUAUAUCACCAUAUAACAUUUACUUUGCUAACUGUGGUGACUCGAGGGCCAUUCUAUGCCGGUCUGGCCAGGUUUGCUUUUCCACUGAGGACCAUAAACCUUACAGUCCUCUGGAGAAAGAGCGUAUCGAGAGCGCAGGCGGCUCUGUAACCUUCCAACGGAUCAACGGCUCUCUGGCUGUGUCCCGUGCUCUGGGGGACUUCAGCUACAAAGGGGCUGAGAGCCGGACUCCCAGCCAACAGAUGGUAUCACCAGAACCAGAGCUGUGUGUGGUGGAGCGCUCAGUGGCAGAUGAGUUCCUGGUGCUUGCCUGCGAUGGGGUAUGGGACACCAUCAGCAAUGAGGAGCUGUGCGCCUUCAUCCACAACCGGCUGCGUGUCUGCACUGACCUGAGGGACGUCUGUACUCAAGUCAUUGACCUCUGUCUCUAUAAGGGCAGCUUGGACAACAUCAGCAUCAUCCUGCUGUGCUUCCCUGGAGCCCCCCAGCUGUCAGCGGAGGCAUUGCACCAGGAGGCUGAACUGGAGGACUUGCUGGAAUCCAAAGUAGCAGAGAUUUAUGAUGAGCUAUGUGCUAGAGGGGAGGAACCUGAUCUGCUGUCUGUCCUCACAGUCCUCGCGUCCACUGUCAUCCCUGGAUUACCUCCAGGUGGAGGCAUCCAGAGCAAAAGGAACUGCAUUAUUUCUGCUUACUAUCAACAAAGAGAGACACACAAGCCCACAGUACCAACUGACCUGGGAGGCUCUUGAAAAGUCCAUCUGGAUCUUGUCUCCAAGGAUCCAUGGAGGGAAUGUAAUAAAUGUUCAUAUUAAAACUGUUUUCUGUGUCCAAUUUGACCAAAAGGGAGAUGAUGAGCAAACAGGGAUGUUUGUUUACAUCAUGCUAACAAGCAGCAUCUUGUCAUAAAUAUAAUGCAAAACUAGAUCCAAUAAAGCCUGAUACAUUUUAUAUUUAUACAAGAAGGACAUUUUGUAAAACUUACCCAGAGACACUGACCCAGCAACAAACCUCUGCCUCAUAUUCAGUAAAAAGAAAAUAGGCUACAGAUGAUCAUUUCCGAUGACAGCCUAUUAAACUGAAUCACAACCAACUGUGACAUUUUACAUUUUCACUGGAUAGAAUAAGGGUUAGUACAUGUUUGUAAAGAUAUAAUAAAGUAAAAACAUAAAGAAUUUCAGUUUGUAUUUUCACUCAAGGAAGGAAAAUUAUGAAACACUAUCAGUGGUAGCCAAAAACUAAAAUGUAGUUAACAUGUGUUAUAUCCAUUUGUUUCAAUGGGAAAUGCUAAUAGAUGGUACAGUUGAUCAGCUGAUGGGAAUGUAUAAAUGUAUCUUUUCCCCUGGUUGGAAGUGACAAACAAGUAAACACCGAUUAAAUAUUUAAUUCUAAUAAUUAAAUGUCAGCACAUACACACAUCAAGAAAAACUACAUUUCACAGAUACUUUAAAAUGUUUUUGGACCUGGACUAAUGUUUUUAAAAUGUGUUAUUUGUUAUAAUAAUGGCCUGUUAGAUUAUUAUCUAUAUUAUUAAGAUCUAUAUAGUGUGUUGCAGUUAGACUGGGACCAAAAACCACACUAGAAGCAUCCAACAUUUGGUUAGAUACCCUAAAAUUAAUAUUUACUGACCAAUCAAAAUAUAGUUGACAUACAGUACAUUAAUACAAUUAUUGCAAUUCUUUGUAUAUAUUAACCAUAUUUCUAAAUACAUUCUUCUAUACAGUCUAUGUGAAAUGUAUUUUUCACACGGAUUUGAUGAUGUGUACUGUGCUGCCUCAUUCAUAUUUUAUAUAGUUGGUAAAAACAAACAGAAUUAGAAUGGAUCAGUUAUAUGAUGGGUCAUUUUAUCUGCAUCGUACUGGAUUUCUAUGUUAUUUCAGUGAGUAUUGUUCUCUGUAUACAGUACAUGUAAGAGUCACAAUUGUUUUAAACCUAAAUAAAGAACAUUUGACCU